AUGGAGUUUCCUCCACCUCAACCCUCGGAGCAGUACAGGAAUUGGCUGGAUCUCCCCUUAGAAGUGACGGAGUCGAUCCUCAAAAGGCUUGGCGUCAUCGAGAUCCUGACGAGCGCACAAAAGGUGUGCUUGCUCUGGCGUAACACCUGCAAGGACCCCUCCAUGUGGCUUGCCCUCAACAUGGGCGACGACCUGGACUCAUGGGACAUGUCCUACGAUCUCAAGAAGAUGUGUCGCCAAGCCGUCGAUCUCAGUUGCGGCCGGUUGGUGGGGAUCGAAGUCGGUGAAUUUUGUGACGAGAAUCUUCUCAAGUACAUUGCUGAGCGGUAUGAUAAUUUUUUGAAAUGUGCUGUUUAUUGGCCUCGAAAGCCUUCCAAGGAGUGUAAUCUUUCGGCAGUUGCUAUUGCAAAGAACAUGCCUGGAUUAAUCAGUCUCCUCCUUGUUGGGAAUAAGCUAUCGGAUGAUGGCGUCCAGACCAUACUUGAAGAAUUUGAGAAAGAAGAUUAA